AUGUCUUCGUGGUUUUCUUAUUUCGGAUUCAGCAAAGGACCUCCUCUUGAAGAGGUGAAGGAGGAAUCCGAAGAAGACGAAACUCAAGUGCCUGAACAUUCUGUGCCUAAAACCGCCGAAGAAGAAUUGGCGGACGCAAUGAACCGGUUGUCUCCUGAGCAGCAGCAUCUGAUUCAAGAUGUUCUCAGACGGGCAGAAAAUUCUAGAAAAGAAGCAAAAAUAGUUGUGGAUGCAGAGAUGAUGAGGUCGAGAUAUAGGCAGAGAGAAUCUGUUGAAGGAUCACAAGAAAUUGAUCAUCGGUACUCGUUAGUGCAAAUGGACUCCAUACCAGAAAAUAUGGUAACAAAUGAGAUGGAAGAACGAGCGGCAUCUCAAAGAGAAUUGGCAAACGAAGUUCCAAGGAGUCCACGAAGUCCACGAAGUCCGAGAAGCCCGAAUAGCGUCAGACAACUACAUGAGAAACGUCCAUCCAUCACAGAAGCAACUACUGCAAAUCUUCGAAACCGAUUCCAAAAGAUGAAAUCUCAUUUAACAACAUGGUUCAAUUCACUUGAUUACGACGGUGAAUACACUUUCGUUUUUACGAGUAAGCCUGAGAAAUCAGAAACACUCGGGGAUCUCACAAUGCAAUAUAUUGAUGCUUUGAGCCAAGCUAUCAUAAUAUCAUCUCAUAUUGAAUACUCACAUUAUUUGUUAUCAUCGAAUCCACAGUUUCAUUUGAUGUGCACUCAAUUUUGCGAAUCAAUAUUUUGCCUGGCUUUUGAGGAAAUCACACAUCAAAUAAUCGAUGAAAAAGUUCGAGAAACUUUGAAUGAAUACUGUGGAAGGAUUGCUGAAGAAGCUUUGCAAUCUGCAUUCUUCACUAUGGUUUCAAAGACGUUAUCUAAAUCAGAAGAGUAA